AUGGGCAUGAUCUCGUCAGCUAUCAAUGUCAACACGGACAAAAGCUGGGUUAAUACAGCAUUCAGUGUUAUUGGAGUAUUUAGUAUUAUUGGAGUAUUUAGUGUUAUUGGAGUAUUUAGUGUUAAUACAGCAUUCAGUGUUAUUGGAGUAUUUAGUGUUAUUGGAGUAUUUAGUGUUAUUGGAGUAUUCAGUGUUAUUGGAGUAUUCAGUGUUAAUGGGGAAUUUAAUGUUAUUGGAGUAUUUACUGUUACUGGAGUAUUAAGUGUUACUGAAGUAUUUAUUGUCAUUGGAGUAUUUAGUGUUAUUGGAGUAUUUAGUGUUAUUGGAGUAUUUAGUGUUAUUGGAGUAUUAAGUGUUAUUGGAGUAUUCUGUGUUAUUGGAGUAUUUAGUGUUAAUACAGCAUUCAGUGUUAUUGGAGUAUUUAGUGUUAUUGGAGUAUUCAGUGUUAUUGGGAAAUUUACUGUUACUGGAGUAUUUAUUGUUAUUGGAGUAUUAAGUGUUACUGAAGUAUUUACUGUUAUUGGAGUAUUUAGUGUUAUUGGAGUAUUUAGUGUUAAUACAGCAUUCAGUGUUAUUGGAGUGUUUAGUGUUAUUGAAGUAUUUAAUGUUAAUACAGCAUUCAGUGUUAUUGGAGUAUUUAGUGUUAUGGGAGUAUUUAGUGUUAAUACAGCAUUCAGCGUUAUUGGAGUAUUCAGUGUUAUUGGAGUAUUCAGUGUUAUUGGAGUAUUCAGUGUUACUGGAGUAUUUAUUGUUAUUGGAGUAUUAAGUGUUACUGAAGCUAGAUCUCAUUCUCCCGCGGAGUUUUUUCUCCCAAGUAAAUUUUAUUGUUUUUCAGGGCAGUAUGUGACGGAAAUCUACUCGGAUCCGGAAUUGAAUUAUGUGGAGAUAUCCGGAAACCUUCGCCGGAACUUUUCAGGGUCCAUCGGCUCCACAAUAUCGACUAGCUCCGGUUAUUCGACCUUCUCUAAACAGGUUUCCCGCUCCACAAAUACUUCUAGAAAACUGUCCAACCCGGCAGCUGCUACAAAUAAAAAAAUCUCCACAUCUGUUGGGGAUUUCUACUAUCUCUCUAGUCAGGACAAAAUUGAACCCAUCAGCAAAACAAUCUCCAAGUCAACUAGUGAUAUUCAAAAUAUUCAAGUCCAAGAAAAUAUUUAUCAAAAUAUUCCAUUCUCCAGCUAUUCUGAUAAGUUUCAACCAAACAAUAUUUCGAGAAAGAAUUUGUUGAAAACUAUUUCAAACCCGGAAGAGAGUAAUCAUCCUUCUUAUAAUGUUGUUCUUCCAGUAGGGCCUCUCCUUAACUCAGUCGGGAAAAAUAUUGUUUUUCCAUCCGUUUAUGGUCAAACCAGAUCAAAACAAAAAUCUUUUUCUGACGUUUCUCCUUAUACACCUGCAGUUCACUCAUAUAGAAACCAUUCCAAGUAUCCAGCUACUCAUGGAGCAAACUCAGCCACAAACCCAGCCAUGUAUCCAGCUACUCAUGGAGCAAACUUAACCACAAACCCAGCCAGGUAUCCAGCUACUCAUGGAGCAAACUCAACCACAAACCCAGCCAAGUAUCCAGCUACUCAUGGAGCAAACUCAACCACAAACCCAGCCAAGUAUCCAGCUACUCAUGGAGCAAACUCAACCUCAAACCCAGCCAAGUAUCCAACUACUCAUGGAGAAAGCUCAACCACAAACCCUGCCAAGUAUCCAGCUACUCAUGGAGAAAACUCAACCACAAACCCAGCCAAGUAUCCAGCUACUCAUGGAGCAAACUCAACCACAAACCCAGCCAAGUAUCCAACUACUCAUGGAGAAAGCUCAACCACAAACCCAGCCAAGUAUCCAGCUACUUAUGGAGCAAACUCAACCACAAACCGAGCCAAGUAUCCAGCUACUCAUGGAGCAAACUCAACCACAAACCAAUCCCGGACUCAAGACCGUCAUAUGACAAACUCAUACAAAACGCCAAUUCAAUCCCUUCAGAAAUCUGCACAACAAAACGAUGUAACUCAUUCUGAAGUUUCAGAAGUACUGAAAAUUAAGUCUUUUUCGAAAAGUACAGGACUACUGCUUUCAAACAAUUCUUCCAAGUCAUCUCCAGUUCAGAAGAGAGCUUUCAGAAAGUUAACACCUGGAAUAAAAUCAUCCAAAUCCCAAACUACAGAUUUCAAUAGAACAAGAGUACCUGGAGAUAAACCUACUCUAAGAGUACCUGGAGAUAAACCUACUCUAAGAGUACCUGGAGAUAAACCUACUCUAAAAGUACCUGGAGAUACACCUAAUCUACCUACUCUACGCUCUUUAAACGGUUCUUCUGCUGAAAAUAUUCCCCAAAUCCAACCGGUGAGAAACACUAUUCAAGUGUAUAAAAGCGAACCUGCGAUUAGUCUGAGCAAUUGGUCGGAUACAUUGUAUUCCAAGGAUUAUGGUGACAGUAAACUGAAUCCAGGAGGGUUGGGUUCUACAGAAGCUCAUGACCAAUAUCAACAAAGUGCUAAGAAUGAAAUUACACUAAGAUCCUUGCUUGCUGAAAAAGAAUACGAUGAGAAUAUAUCUCUACAGUUGGAUGAGACGGAUAUCCGGAAACUUCAAAUACUCAUGGAAUGUAAAAGGUUGGAAUAUGAGAAUACCCUGCUCCGGCGAGAAUUAUAUAAGCUAAGCUCUGACUCUAGGUCGGAGCAAGUUAAGGAUAUGCUCAACCAACUCAACCAUCUCAAAGGAAUGCAUUCAAAAGAAAAUAUACUGCAUGAGGCUUUUUUAAAUUAA